UGCCGCUAAUUAUUGUAAAGGGAGGAGCUAUCGUUUUUAGCUCCUCCUUUUCCUCAGCCCCGAGGCGGCCAGCUCUGUUCACUGGGUGUUGUAUGGUCCGCAGCACACGGUCGGGAAGAUGCGGUUCAGAGUGUUCGGUGUUCGUAUAGCGUUCAUUGUCGGACUCGGCUGCGUGGUGCUGUUGCUGCAGAUGCUGGCGGUCAGUCAGUUGAGCAGUCAGCAGAGCGCCGGCAGAGACGUCUUUCUGGAGGAGCAGGCCACCCCACACUCGCCCUCCCUGCACAACAAACUGCCACCAGUGGACCACAACAGACCACCUCAACCGCAUGUGAACCAGUACGAGGAGAAGGACGACGCCGGCGGACAAGUAAGGGACGGUCAUCGCGAUCGCGUAGUCAGACACAUGCAGCAGCUACAGAACAACACGCACGUCUCACCUGACUUACAGAGGAGAAACGGUGCUGCCAAUGUCCCGGACGCAGUUUGGCAAGACGGCGGCAAACUCACCACCACCACAGCCACAUCUGAAACAAGCACGUCUCUCUCGCAACAAAACAAAGCAAAGUUUGAAAACGUGAAACCGUUUCCCGUACCCGCCGAGCACCACAACUGCAACGUCGACGAAAAGAAAGACGCUCUGUCGGCCAUUUCUCGUGCCUCGAGCGACGAAUGCAAGGAACUGCUGCACAACGUGACGUGCAUGCAGAUGGCCGGUCUCCUCUACGACACAAACAUAAAGAGGGAGUGUUGGGUGAAAGACUCGGGGAGAAAUUUCAUGGCAAAAUCGCUGAAUGAUGUCUCGGGUGGUGCAAGAAUUGUGUUUCUGUUGUCGCUGCACGGGAGGGCGUUUCGCCAGGUGAAAAGACUGUUUAAGGCAAUCUAUCACAAAGACCACUACUUCUUCAUUCACGUUGAUUCAAGGUCAGACUACUUGCACCGGAAUCUCUACGAGACUUUCUCAGAUUUUCCAAACGUCUAUUUCCCGACGUGGAGGAUCGCCACCAUAUGGGGCGGAGCCUCAUUGCUACAGAUGCUACUGAGAGCUCUGGAGGACCUCGAAUACAUCCUCACCGGCUGGCGGUGGGAUUACUUCAUCAAUCUCAGCGAGUCAGACUACCCUCUCAGGGCCAAUGGUGACCUGGCGAGAUUUCUGAAGGCACACAAUGGGGACAACUUUGUCAAGACUCACGGAGCCGACAUAAACAAGUUCAUACAGAAGCAGGGACUGGACCGUACAUUUGUGGAGUGUGACAAUCACAUGUGGCGAGUGGACAACCGGAGACUGCCGGGAGACAUCACGGUGGACGGUGGGAGCGACUGGAUCGCAAUACACCGCAACUACUCUCGCUACCUGGUCACCGAUCAAUCAGACUUUCUCACCGGGAUCAAGAGAUACUACGAGUUCUCUCUCUUGCCUGCCGAGUCGUUCUUCCACACGGUGCUGCGUAACGGACCGAUGUGCCACAGGUUUGUCAAGACCAACCUCCGCAUCACCAACUGGAACAGGAAGCUGGGCUGUCGCUGUCAGUACAAGCACGUCGUGGACUGGUGCGGCUGCUCCCCAAACGACUUCCUUACCAAAGACAUCGGAAGACUUCAGUCUCCCGGAGAUCACAACUUCUUUGCGAGAAAGUUUGAGGCAAUAGUGAGCCAGGACGUCAUCAACAAGCUGGACCUCUACCUCUACGGAGCCUCUCCCGAAGGCACUCCAGCCGUCGAGUCAUUCUGGGAGAACGUAUUCCACGUGGAAGACGACGUCAACUUUCCUUACAAUGCCAGGUUCAGUACCUACCAGUCGCUCCUCCGACUGGCGCUGGCAAAGCUUUACUCGGACUCAAAGACACUGGGUGGCGUUGUUGAUGGUGUGUGCGAGGUGCCUCGGCAAGCGGUGGUAAAGGAAGUGAGUGUUCUGAUGGUGAGCGAUUCAUUCAAGGGGCUCGUGGUGACCCUGAGAGACGCCAUGUCCGAUCGUCUCUCGCCGGCCGAGUUUGAGAUCCUCUUCACUCCACUCAGCUACCUGCAGAAGUACUCACCAAAUGACGAGGUGGCAAAUAGAGUGUACAGUUUCGAGGUCGGUUCAGACUGGGAUGGGAAGGAGAGCAUAUUCAGAAACUACGGCGGUAUUCUGGGAGCCUGGGACGACCCCGUGGUCGCAAUCCGUCUCAACCCAGGUAAGGUCGGGCAGCUCAAUAUUGUUUGGGACGACCCAACCGGGUCUCGAGUCAAGACUCAGAACGUCAAAGUCGAAUCUGGUUGGUUCGUGACUUUUCACAAACUCAAGUUCGAUCGACCGAUUCGCCCCGGCGUCUGGAGCGCCAGACUGGAGCUAGUAGACGGUACUGCGGUAAUGGAGACACAGUUUCUCGUCGUGCCUCUAACCCACGAGCGAAUGAAGCCGUUGGGAAACCCGCCGUCUGUCAACGCAGCACGGACGAGUAGCUCCCCGCAGUCGCCCGUUUCCGAGACGCAAGAUUUCUUAGAGUGGAAAGAAAACGUGCUCAAGACGGGCGAGAGCCUGGAGGAAUGGCUCGACAAGUUAGUCGCCGACUUUUGGAAGAUGGAGGGCCUGUGCAGGACAGACGCCGACAGAGACGGCUGUAGUUUCAUUAGGGACUGUGCACACAUGGAGUGGAGUACAUUUUCUCCAGACCCAAAAUCGGAAUUGGGAGACGUGAAUCAGGACGGACGACUUAGGUGAUAUAUUAUAUCAUUGUUACCCUCUGUCAAUUAUCUUUUCUUCUUCUCUCCUAUGUAUUAGUUUUACAAUUCGCAUCACUAUAAUUAUAUGUCCAUUAAAUGUGAUCAGUUUGUCCUAUGUGCACAAGUAAAGGCUAACGUGAGAUGCUAUAUACACAAUAUUAAUUGUUGACAAUUAUAGCGCAAAAUGGUUACAAAAUCAGCAUGUAUAAUUAUUAGCAUACAAGUAAAGUCAGCAUGUGUGUGUGAA